AUGUCGUUUGCGAAUAACUACUGGUCGGUGGAUAGCCGUACCGGGAUAGACAAACUCUCUGAGCAGUCUCUUCAAUCGAUCCAGCAACUACAUGAACUACGUAAAUUGGUGUUUAGUUAUAUGAGCUACUAUUAUUCUAAUAGCGAGUAUUUGAAUCGAUUGGGGAAAGAUUCUCACCAUGUUGAUAAGUUGGAAAUCCCACUGGCAACUACUGCCCUGAAGUCGACUCUUAAACGGUUAAGUGAUCAGUUCAAAGAGGCUACUAGGUUGGACUUGAGCCCAAAGCACGUCAAACCGCAACUGAAUGUCAAUUCAUCUACACCCUUUAAAUUACACAUUGAAAACAUAUCUCAAGAAUCACAUACACUUGCCACUCUCAGUUCGGUUAUAGAUAACCAGGUAUUAGAACCGAUCACAUCGUUUUUGAAAAUUCAAGAGCCAUUUGUCAGGGAUACAGUGGAUCAAUUUAGUGAUUUGUUGGAAGAAUAUGAACGCUGUUACAAAGAAAUUGAAACUAUAAAGAAAGCCUUUGAAGAGAAUUUACGUUUACAGGAAAUGACUCAAGUGAGCGAUCGAGAAGUGGAAGGGAAUACCAUAAUAGAAGAGGAAUCUAAAGAAAUCACCCCAAUAAGCAGAUCUACCAGCUCUACAAUUAACCCUGUAUCAUCAUCAAACUCUACAGCACAUGCUAAUGGCACAUCUGUUGUUGCCCUAACUUCUCAUUUCAUCUUCCCCAUGAUGAUAGGAAUUAUCAAACUCCCUACUCGUGAAGAUUUGGAAUCGUUACUCAAACAGAUGAUUGCCGAGAUCUCAACCGUUAAACGUAAGAUCCCUAUACCAGGAUAUCGAAAUGAGACCUUUUCAGGGGAACAACUUCUUGAAUGGCUCACCCAUAACCGUCCACAUCGUAUUAGUCCUACUAGAGCUAAUCUCGAAAGAAUUGGACAAGCUUUCAUUGAUUUAAAGUUGAUUGUAGGAAUGGGGUUUUUAGGAUCUAAAAAGUUCAAAAGUGAAGGAAUGUGGUUUGAAUGGACUGAUUUAGCAAUUUAUGCAAGUGAGGAGCAUAAUGUAUCAACUGAAGGUGUUGAAGAAGUUCAGGGAAAAGAACAACCCGAGGAAUCUACACUGACUGACAUUGGAACUCUGUCACAUAUAACACCACCGAUAUUCACACUUAAUAAUAUGAUAUCCAGCGUCAAAACUUCGAUCCUCAAGACAAAUUUCCCUCAAAUUCUUGAAGAUCUUGAAACAAAAUAUAAUGAUAUGUAUGUUCAUCUUCAUUAUCUUAGAUACACGUUGGACACUGAACUUAUUAAAAAGUCCCAACAACUUGAAAAGUUUGAACGUCAAAAGAUUGAACUCAUUUACAAAAGUUUAACCAAAUUACUGGAGAUUAUGUACAAUUAUUCCUUAAAUUCAACAAAUCGUCUUCAUUUGUUUGCUACUGAAAUGAUAAAUAAUAUCAAUAAGGAAGAGCAUUAUCAAGAGGAUUUUACCAAAUUAGUGCAGCAAUUUAGUACCGGGAUUUACUUUCCAUCGAUUCUUUCACCUGAUAAUUUGGCUAAACUGCAUUAUAGCUCGGCGCAAACCAAUUCAAAUUUCCAAAAUGUUAAACUUAAGUUUAAUUUAUAUAAGGAUUUCCCCUUACAACCCUUACACGGUGGAAAUGAAAUCUUGAGUUUAGCCAGUAUACCCGAAUUCUUAUAUGGUAUGAUUGAAAAGAUUGACCAAUGUAACGAGGAAGAAUUGACCUUGGCAUGGAAAUCUUCUAUGAAUGCAGAGGCGUAUUGGUCAUUCAAACAAGAAAUAAUAUCAAUAAUUAGUUCUUUCGAACAAAGAGACUCAGAUGAGAACAUUCCUGCCAAUGAAGAAUCUAUACAUAGAGAUAUCAUUUCCAAGAUUCUCUUUUAUGCAUCAAGCCGUCCGGUGGCUGAACAAGUGAACUUUGUUAAGUAUUGGUUAUUGGAAAUUGGAGAUUCUGUUAUCCCAUUCACUUCAUUUGAUGCGGUUAUCUCCAACUACACAACUUAUAAUUCUCAAAACAAUAAUUCACUUGAUGUUGAACUCAGACACGAUAAACUAGUUUCUUCACUUGCUACAAUCCCCCGCAGCAAUGUCAGUACGCUUUUGUAUAUCAUUGAACAUAUUUGCAAGGUAUUUUCAUUGUCAGUGAUCACAAGUUAUGGAACUUCUGAUAAUCUUGAAAUGAAUGUAAAUGAAGUUGAGGAACGACAAAAUAGAAUAGUCGAAGUCUCCAGAGGACUCAAUUCUAUGGAAGCUAUUGGAUCAAUUCCCUUUGUUCACCUCCUCAUGAGACCAUCUGCCGUUAAGAACUCUACUGGUUUCAAACCUCCAUUGGAGAAAUACAUUCUAAUUCUUUCUGAUUUGCUCAAUAUUAAGGUUAGAUCAAAGAUAUUUAGCAAUUUGGUUGAAAACGAGUUAAAGUAUCGUAAUAAGAGAGAAAAGGAGAAGAAACUCCCCGUGAAACCAGAAUUGUUAAUAGCAAAAGAGGCUAAACUUGUGAUACCAAAAAGCCCAAAGCCAGGUCAAGAGAAUUUUACCUUGAGACCAUUCCGUACGAGAGCUACACCAAAUCCAUCUCCUUCCACUUCACCUAGUCAUACACCCAAGAAUUCUUUGGAUGUUACCAGAGAGAGAAGCUCAAGUAAUACGUAUUUGACUCCCUCCAUAAACGUUGAGUUUGAAUAG